AUGUUCAUUGAGACUAGUGCCAAAGAAAAUUUUAACAUUAAGGCUUUGCUCCGGAAGAUAGCUGUAGCAUUGCCUGGGAUGGAUUCAUAUUCAUCAGCAACAAAAUCAGAGGAUAUGGUUGAUGUGAACCUAAAGAACACUUCAAAUUCAUCACAAGGUGAUCAACAAGGAGGUGGUGGUGGAGGCGGCUGUUCUUGUUGA